UGAUUUGUAAUUGGGCCGCUGAGUGACGAUGGUGCCGCCUCGGGAUGGCUGCUGCUGUCGGUGUAAAUAAGCAAACAAACGCAGCAUCGAUGGAGCUGUGUGUCCGCCAUGGCAGAGGAACCACAGGCAACACGGUGAAGGUGUUGGAGUGUGGAGUGUGUGAGGACGUGUUCUCUCUGCAGGGUGAUAAAGUUCCUCGGCUCCUGCUGUGCGGUCACACCGUGUGUCACGACUGUUUAACACGUCUCCCUCUUCAUGGCCGGGCCGUACGCUGUCCUUUCGACCGGCAGGCCACUGAGCUCGGAGACUCGGGUGUGUGGGGUUUGAAGAAGAACUUUGCUCUGCUGGAGCUGCUGGAACGGCUGCAGAACGGUGCGUCCAAUCAGUCCGGCAUGUCAGAAGAAGCCCUGAGAGAGAUGGGAGAGUGCAUCAUACGGUGUGACGAGGACGAGAGCCACACUGCGUCGGUGUACUGCACCGUGUGCGCCACACACUUAUGUGCCGAGUGCUCUCAGCUCACACACUCCACCCGCACGCUGGCCAAACACCGCCGCGUCCCGCUGGCCGACAAACCGCACGAGAAGACGCUGUGCCCUCAGCACCAGGUCCACGCUAUCGAGUUCGUGUGUCUGGAGGAGGGCUGCCAGCCCGGCCUGCUCAUGUGCUGCGUCUGCAAAGAGUACGGCAAGCACCAAGGACAUAAGCAUGCAGUUCUGGAAGCUGAAGCCAACCAGAUCCGGGCGUCUAUCUUGGACAUGGCGCACUGCAUCCGCACCUUCACUGAGGAAGUGUCCGAGUAUUCCAGGAAGCUGGUGGGCAUCGUGCAGCAGAUUGAGGGAGGGGAACAGAUCGUAGAGGACGGAGUGGGCAUGGCUCAUACAGAACAUGUUCCUGGCACUGCGGAGAACGCUCGGUCCUGUGUGCGGGCGUACUUCGCCGACCUCCACGAGACGCUGUGCCGUCAGGAGGAGAUGGCGCUCAGCGUGGUGGACGCUCACGUCAGGGAGAGGCUCAUCUGGCUCCGACAGCAGCAGGAGGACAUGACCAUCCUCCUGUCUCAGGUGUCCACAGCCUGCCUCCACUGUGAGAAGACCCUGCAGCAGGAUGACUGCAGGGUGGUUCUGGCCAAGCAGGAGAUUAACAGGUUGCUGGAGACUCUGCAGAAGCAGCAGCAGCAGUUUACAGAAAUGGCCGAUCACGUUCAGCUGGAUGCAGGCAUCCCUGUAACAUUCACCAAGGAUAACCGCGUACACAUCGGCCCCAAGAUGGAGAUCCGGGUGGUGACGCUGGGGCUGGACGGUGCAGGAAAAACCACCAUCCUGUUCAAGCUGAAGCAGGACGAGUUCAUGCAGCCCAUCCCCACUAUAGGCUUUAACGUGGAAACUGUGGAGUAUAAAAAUCUGAAGUUCACCAUCUGGGACGUUGGAGGGAAACACAAACUGAGACCGCUGUGGAAGCACUACUACCUGAACACACAAGCGGUGGUGUUUGUGAUUGACAGCUGUCACAGAGACAGACUGAUGGAGGCUCACAGUGAACUGGCCAAGCUGCUGACAGAGAAGGAGCUGAGAGACGCUCUGCUGCUCAUCUUCGGCAACAAACAGGACGUCCCCGGUGCAGUGUCAGUAGAGGAGAUGACGGAGCUUCUGAGCCUCCAUAAGCUGUGCUGUGGGCGGAGCUGGCACAUUCAGGGCUGCGAUGCCCGCAGCGGUACGGGUCUGCACGAGGGUCUGGACUGGCUCUCACGCCAGCUGGUGGCUGCAGGGGUUCUGGACGUGGCCUAAUGGACCCGAGUACAGUACCACAACCAGCAGGGAGCGCUAAUGAGGAGCAGUUAGCAUGCAGGGUGUCACGCUAACUCACGUUUAACCAUCAGUUAGUCAUCAACUAGUCUCACGGCAACUAACUAACCGAACAGCGACGCGACGUUACACUGAUUUGUAGCUUUUUAUGUUGAAAGUGAUCGUCCUGUGUAUUUACUACCAAACGACUUUAAAAUUAAUUUAAUAAAUUAAUAAAGGUAAAGUCACUUCAGAGCAUUUGAAAGAGUUAAGUCAGUGUUGUGAGGUAGCAGCUCUCUUCGUUUAGUUUUUUUAUACUAAAGUAGAUUAACGAUCGCUGUACGCUGCAACGUUCACUGAAUUUAACGUUUACUGAAGAAACACGAAUAUCAGCCGUGGUCAUGUGACGACGUUACAGCGCCGAUAUUCUGUUCCUGUUCAGUUUUUACACACACACACACACACACACACACAUGCGCUUUGUGAUAUGUUUCAUUAUUUAUUUCAGUUUGUGGUGCAGUAGUAUGCAGGUAUGGAGUAGGAAAUGUUAAACUUGUUACUGUUUAUUUAUAUUUUUAAAGGCUGUUCGGGUUUUCGGAGAGGUUUUGGUGGGGUGGCGUGCGGUACUGCCGUGUUUAAACAAGUGCAUACGCUUAUAAAGCAUUUACAAAGACUUUAAUCAGUAAUUGUCCUUCAUGCACAGCUGUAAAGGCUUUCAGUACAGUAAAGUUCACGUUCCGCUGCUUUAACCAGCGACUCUUUACUCCUUCAUGUUGGAAUAAACCGCGUCCUGUUACAUGUACACGUUUUAUUUCGCUCUGGUGACCGGAACAUUCCUUUUUGUGUAAAGAGUAAAGCGCAUGUGUAAAUCACUUUCUUUACUCUUACAUCAACACUCGAGUUUGUAAAUCAUUUUCUCCCCAUUACGAGUUUUAGUCCACGAGCACGGAGCACACCUGGACAUUUAUUUGUUGUGAACUUGACUGGAUUUUUUUUUUUGGGGGGGGGGAAAUAUCCCUAAUUGUUAUCCAAUUAAAAUAGAACAGUGGAAAUGUCUCCAGUGUGUUAAUCAUACACUUUCACACACCCAGGUUGAUUAAAAAAAGAUCUUUAUUAUUAUACAAAAUGAGGUUCAGGACAUU